AUGGCGUUAUUUGCCACAGCUAAUAAUGGAUCUCUUUUGGAAACACGGAAGAUUGAUGAAUUAACAACAUUUUACAAAUAUAUUACUCAAAUUAUGCCAGUAAAUGUUAACAAAUCAACCGUACAUUAUCGAAAUGAUUUAUGUGAACCAUUUUGUAAUUUUAAUUCACAACUUUGGAAUCUUUUGAAUUACCAAUCAUUUUUUAAAAUUAUUUAUCCAUUAUCAUCAGCUGGACCAUAUAAAGUAAACAUUGGUAGACAUCUUUUUAAUCGUACCAACGAUGAACGAGGUAAUGUAAUUGGUGUUGGUACUGUUGCAAUAUAUUUUACAACAUUUAUCACUGAUAACAUCAAGCAAAAACAGUUGGACGUAUUUGAAGAACAAGUUUUUAGCGAAGUGCAAAACCAUAAUGCUAAUCUAAAUAAUACAGUAACGCUAAUUGUGCAUGGUGCGCAUACUGUAAGUAGCGAAAUACGUCGAGGAAUUCAAUUAGUGCUUCCUUAUUAUUUUAUAGUAACGCUAAUUGUGCAUGGUGCGCAUACUGUAAGUAGCGAAAUACGUCGAGGAAUUCAAUUAGUGCUUCCUUAUUAUUUUAUAGGAGCUCUAUUAUUAAUCGUAUUUGUUGCUAUAAGCUUAAUUAUGAUAACAUUAUGCUAUUCAUAUUCAGUGCGAUGGUUACAACUUAUUUUACCAUUGGUAGCAAUUAUUUCACCAAUUCUAGCAGCCCUAUCAGCUAGUGGUCUAAUACUUUUGGCUGGUUAUCAUAUCAAUAUGCUUAUUCUCAUAUCACCAUUUUUAACACUAGCUACAGGUAUAGGUGUUGAUGAUGCAUUUUUAAUAACAAACACAUGGUUCAAAUCCAUAGCAAUUCCACAUGCUUUAACAACUGCUGAAAGGUUACAAUUGGUCCUGGAAAAGGUUGGAAUAGGUAUAACGGUUACUUCAUUAACAAAUUCUCUUGGAUUUGCAUUAGGCUGUAUUGCACCAUCACCUGAAAUGCAACUUUUUUGCGCUACAGUAUCACUUUCCAUGUUGCUUGAUUUGUUAUUCCAAUUUUUCUUCUAUGCGCCACUUCAAGUACUGCUAACUCAUGAUGAACCUGCAGUUAUCUAUAAGCAAAUCAAAAGAGAUCAAUCAACUUUGCUUGAACAAAUGAGGCAGAAUGUUUCGUUGUUCUGUAAAUAUUACAGUCAAUUUGUUGCAUCCUUCUGGUCAACAUUUAUUGCUGUCGCAUUAUUAAUUGCAUAUUAUUAUUUUGCAAUAAUUGGAAUUCAAGCAAUGGAUGCAAAUGUUGAUGGCAAAAUGCUUUUGCCACCGAAUUCGCAAAGUAUUGAAGGAAUUCGAAUAAUGGAUGAAACUGUUUGGCCAGAUUAUUUAAGUAUUAAUUAUAUUAUGCGAAAACCACCAAAUUUUUCUAAUCCUCUUGAAUAUCGCAACUUUAUGCUGAUGGUUAAAGAAAUGGAAGGAUUGGAAAAUUCAUUGGGUUCAGCUGCAACAAUGCAUUGGAUAAAAGAUUAUUUACGAUAUCUUGCUAACCCACAUGCCACCAAACUUGAUAUUUUUUUUGGGAUUCCAGGUGUUUUGGAUAUGUCACAGUUUGAAUUUUUCAUCAAUACUGAACCAUACACAGCAUGGAAAUUAGGUACUCGUUACAUGCAAGAUUCACAAAAUAGGACUGUGAUAACAUCAAUGCUAUUGAUAAUGGGUUAUAAUGGUAUCUCAUCGUUAUCUGGUAAAGCAAAAUUAUUACAUUCAUGUCGUGAAACAUGUACACGUUAUGCGCAAUAUGAUAUGAUACCAUUUGAUACAGAUGCUGAAUUGGUUGAUGUUAUAUUAGCUGUACCAUCAACUACUUUCAAUACAUUAUUAUUUGCAUUUGGUGCAGUAGGUGUGGUAUGUUUUAUUUUUUCCUUCAAUAUUGGAGCAUCCAUUCUUGCUAUCUUAUCAGUUGUAUCAAUUAGUACAGGUGUUAUUGGUUUCUUACAAUAUUGGAAUUGCUUUUUGGAUCCAGUAUUAAUGGUAGCUGUAUUAAUAACAGCUGGCUUAAGUAUUGAUUAUACUGUACAUAUCAUUUUUCAUUAUAUGGUAAAUGAUUACACUGAUAAUACUCAACGAAUUAAUGCUUCAUUUGAAGCAUGUGCAUUGUCAAUGUUACAGGCUGGUAUAUCAACAUUUCUUAUUAUGUUUCCCGUAUUAUUUGCUCCUAUUGGAAUUUAUGCUGUAAUAUCGAAAGCAAUCAUAUUGACAAUAAUAUUUGGCUUAUUACAUGGUUUGUUUAUUGUUCCCGUAUUACUUACUGCUUUGCCUAAUUGUUUUAUUAAUUGUUGGCCUAACUGUUACAUUAGGCAUUAAUUUGUUUGCUAUUUCAUUUCCAGCAUAUUUUCCAAACAUUCCCA